CUCUCCGGAAGUUGGCGGCCAAGUGAAAAAGCGAAGCGAAUUUGUUUUCAACUUUCCGCCAAGGUGGAGUUGUUUUACGGGGUCUCCCAGAUGUUGCGCCCUUGUACAGAGCCUAGAUGAGCUCCGACAGGCUAGCUAAGAUCUAAAAAAAGCCCCUACCGUGCACGGUGAAGCGGAUACCGCGCGCGCUCAUGCCUGUUUUCGGCUGGUGGGCCAUAAUGUCCCGUAAGACGAAAUAUGUUUUCAUCCUGGCGAUCCUAGUGGCCGCUAUUGUCGUUACAUGGGGGAGGGCUGGGAUCACCAAAGAUGACAUGGAGAGGUUACGCAGAGAGGAACUCAGCAGCCAAAUCAGAGAGGCUUUAGAGCCAUUGGAGAAAAGACUAGGAAACUUAGAGAAAGGCGAUAUGUCGAAAGCAGAAACACACAGCUCGGAGGACUCCAAGUAUCCCAAGGUCAAGUUCCUCAUGGAGAAGGACAGGAAACGUAUCCUGGUAACGGGGGGUGCAGGGUUUGUAGGGUCCCACCUUGUGGACCGUCUGAUGAUGGACGGCCAUGAAGUAGUCGUGAUGGACAAUUUCUUCACCGGGAGGAAGAGAAACGUGGAACACUGGCUCGGACACGAGAACUUUGAACUGCUGAACCAUGAUGUGGUAGAACCACUGUAUAUUGAAGUGGACCAGAUCUACCACCUAGCCUCCCCCGCCUCACCACCACACUACAUGUACAACCCCAUCAAGACAAUCAAGACCAACACAAUAGGAACUCUGAAUAUGUUGGGUCUUGCAAAGAGAGUCAAUGGCAGAUUUCUGCUGGCUUCAACAUCAGAGGUGUAUGGAGACCCAGAGGUCCAUCCCCAGAAUGAGGAGUACUGGGGACAUGUCAAUCCCAUCGGUCCACGGGCCUGCUACGAUGAAGGCAAAAGAGUAGCUGAGACAAUGUCAUAUGCUUACGCCAAGCAGGAGCAUGUGCAGGUCAGAGUGGCCAGAAUAUUCAACACCUUUGGUCCCAGGAUGCACAUGAGUGACGGCCGGGUCGUCAGUAACUUCAUCUUACAGUCGCUGCAGGACCAGCCAAUCACAGUUUUUGGGGCAGGGAAGCAGACAAGAUCAUUCCAAUAUGUCAGUGACCUGGUGAAUGGGUUGGUGAUGCUGAUGAACAGUAACAUUUCCACACCUGUCAAUCUGGGUAAUCCAGAAGAACACUCCAUAUUGGAGUUUGCAACAAUAAUCAAGAACUUGGUUGGUUGCAAAAGCGAUAUCGUCCACGUAAAGGAGCAGGAAGAUGACCCCCAGCGGAGAAGACCUGACAUCACAAAGGCCAUGGGCAUGGGGUGGCAACCAAAGGUGUCGAUGAUAGAAGGACUAAACAGGACCAUCGAGUACUUCCGCCAGGAGCUCUUCCAGUCUUCUCACAACCAGAAAAUGAUUCUCAGACCAGACGACAAACUGGUAUGAUCAUCCUGGGAAAAACAACCAUGCAAUAUCGCUCUGGAGUAGUUUUUACCUACAUACAAUACAGGAUAGGAACCCAAGUCUUCAGCACAUGCAUAUUUACUGUAACUAAUUAUCAUUAUUAACUGGUAAUUUCUGUAGUUUCAUACUACUUAGUAGUAUGUCCUGAUACUUUGUAGGUUCCAUUUUUGCGUUGAACCAGGUUAAAUUCGUCUUCCUGAUGUAAGGUUUUUCAUAGUUUUAUGGUCAGCACUGUAGCAGUUUGAUUAUAACAAAAUACACCGGUAGCUGUUUUGGGUACAUUAUGUGUAAAGAAAUUAAGGGCAAACAUUGUUGACAAAUUAUGAUGUUUGUCAGGUUCAAGGUUACUGUAUCUUUGUUGACAAUGAUUUUGAACAAAUCUACCAACUUAUAAAUGUUUAAAAUCUUACUAGUCUUAAAAUAGUUGUGCAGUAACCAUGGUUUAGAAGCUGGGUAGCAUCAAAACUACAUGUACAUUGUACAUGCACAGUUAGAAGACAAUAUGAUCUAGCUUAUUACUAAUUUAACUUAAUUUAUGUUUGAAAGAUUCAGUGCAGUCCUUUACAAAUAUGAUACUUUUUCCUAAGAUUUUAUUGCAACAUGUAAUUUACAUUGUAGGUGUGAAAAACUUAAGCCUUUAACGAUUCUCUUGCACAAGAAGAUAAAAGUUCACUUUACAUUAUUUUUCCAAGCCUUACAAUAUGUAUAUAAUGAAGUCUCACAGUUGUGCAUAGAAUAGCUUAGAUGACGAUACAUGUAGCUUCUCAAACGCUCAGAUAUUUACUAGUAUUAGAUCAAGUCUUUACUUAUUUUUCAAAACUAUUGUGUCCCUUAAAUGAAGAAAUGUAUAAUUCUGUUACGGUUAAUUCUGAAAAGGUCUGCCUUCAUACAAUGUGUUUCUGUCUUUUAAUGUACAAAAGACUAGCUAUGAAGGGAAUCUGUAAAAGCAAUACAUGGUUACAAAUAUUACGUAAAUUCUUAAGUAUAUUUCAGGGUAAACAAUCGCUGACUCUACCAGCAGAGAUCCCGAGUCUUUGUCAACAGACAGUCCAAUCAGGAUGCUGUUAAGUAAACAUGUUAGGGUCUCCAUUUACAAAUCCUAAAUUUCAAGUCAGUUCCUUGAUCCAACAUGAAUCGAAGUGGAAAAUUCUGAUGUCUUUAAAUUUAGACUCUGAUUUUGAUCUCUACCAAUAAAGACUGUGUGUGGGAUCUCUAUGGGUAGAAUCAGCAAAAAUACCAGUGGAAUCACUGAUUCUAUUAGAGUUCAUACUCUGGCAUACACAUGCAAGAGGCUACUAGUAUACAGAUGUAUUACCUUUUUGUCAUGUAAAUUGAUAUGACUUUUCAAUGCUUCUUAAAUUGUGUGUCCUUAAAUUUCAUUGGUCCGUGGCAGGUCCAUAAUCCUGAUUCUUAAAAAUUUGCUUUUCUUUUUUUUUUUUUGGAAAAAGGCAAUAAAGAAACUUACUCUAUAUUGAGUCUACAGAUCUAAAUGUGUAACAGUUUUCUUGGAUUAGAUGCUUUAUAUGAGUGAUAGAUUUGAACUAAGAUCCUUUAAAGUCCUCUUAACCUGUAGUACACAGAAGUAGCUGUUUGGUCACCAAUUCUCUGUUGAUUACAGGAUUAGGCAGCAAAGAGAAGGUUAGGAACACAUCAGAACAUCAAAAUUGUUUACUUAGAAUUAACGUUACAGGGUAACUAAAUCUAUGUAUGACCUGUACACAUGUUCAAUAAAGAAGAACUUCAACAAUGUUUUACACAUGA